AUGCUUUCUGGAGCCGAGUCGAGUUCUUUGGUCGGCGAGGAGCGUGAACUGCGACAAGUGAAUCGGUGGGCGUCCACUGUGUGCGAGGUGCGGCUUCUUUCCAGUGCACUGGUCUUGUUUGAAAUGGAGCAAGGCGAAGGCGGCGCCAGCAGAAGGCUUUUGUGCGCCGUGAAGAACGUCCACUGGAACGCUCUUUUGGAACAGUACGUGGUAGCAUAUGUUCUCGCUGUCCAACCCUGUCAGGACGUGUCUGAUAUGCUUGUUGAUGGCGAAGACCAAGACUCUGCGACUCCGCGGAUUUGGCUUGUCUGCCGAACCGCGCCGACGCCGUCUUGCGAAAAUGUGGGGAGGCAGUCAGUUGCUCGAUGCAUGCAUCUGGGCGAACCUGCUGCGGAUAUCUGUUGGAAGUACAUGCGCCGGGAUACUUGGGCUCCGACUGUGUGCAAGUGGCACGAGUUUCUGGUCGCCAAGACCCAGUUGUAUGCUCCGUCGCCCCAGAUGUCAUUGGAGAUGCUCGACGAAGCCAUGAAGUACGUAGAAAUUCGGCCUGGGCAGAGGGGCUUUUUAAACAAACCUGCCUACAGCUCAGACGUGCGCGCCUACACGCGCAAGACGGCCAGAGCCGAUGCAGUCACGCGAGAAGAGCACGAAGCCGCUGGGAAUGCUUGUGGCCAGCAGCUCUGCGGCAAGAGGCGGAGAAACCUGCCUUCUUUUCAGCACAAGCCCUUGACCGUCGCUGUGCUGGUUAUCAAAGUGUUAGAGAAUCGGGUCUUGCUCCAGAACCUGCACGUCCUCUUGCCGUUGAAGCGUUGCCGACUGGAGGAGGCAACUUGGGAGGGCACCAUGAAGUUUGCAGCGCACCGCCUGGUCGUGAGCCUGGCUCCAUGCAUCCCUGAGGAAUGCUUCGACGUGACAGACGAGGAAAGCUACGGGUUUGUGGCGGACGAGCUGCACAACGUGGUUCAUGGCCUUCUCGCUUGGCUGACGCCCCGAGCAGGUCCUUUCGAUACAUUGUCUUAUGACAAGAGAGGGUUGCAUUGGAGCGUUUCCUGGAACUGGCGAGGUUUUAGUAUGUCGGAGUCAGAAAUGAAGGCUGCCACGGUGCAAGCCGUGUCGAUGACUUUCGUGCACAUGCGCUAUUUGACAGCGUACGUGCGCUUCCUGAAAGCGCAACAGUUGGUGGCGAAGGAUGAAGCUGCUGUUGUAGCUGCUGUGCAGACUUAG